AUGUCCUCUGCACAAGACGAGUUCAAUCGCCUUGCCCUUAACAGCCGGGAGCGAUACUCUACUCAUCCUGAAGACCGUGACAACUCUGACCGCGACUCCAAUUCCGAGUCGGACGACGACGCCAACGAUCAACCCCAGUACUCGGACUCCGAAGACCACGAUCCCACCAUGUCUCGCACAAGUACCUACCAUGUCCCGAACAUGGUCUACGAUGCCAACACCGGCCCGAAAGGUGUCAUUGCCGAUGCCCAGGCCUUUGAGCGCGCUCGCAAGGGCUCCUUCCGCCGCACCCUGUUCGGCGACUCACGUCCCCCCAAGUCCGUGACCGAUGACGCAACCCUACUGCACAACUCGACGCCCCCGGACGGUUCUGGUAGCGAAGAUGAGGAUCGGUUCCUCCGCAGGUGGCGCGAAUCACGCAUGGCGGAAUUGCGACAGAUCCCUCAUCGACGGCCGAGUCCUCGCCGGAAGUUCUACGGAUCGGUGGACACGGUUGAUGCGGUUGGAUACCUUGAUGCCAUUGAGAAAGUCCAGUCGGAGACGAUAGUGGUCGUGUGUAUUUAUGAUCCCGAGUCCAAAACCAGCUUCAAAGUCGAAGACUGCCUAGAAACGAUUGCUCGUCGCCAGCCCUCUGUCCACUUCAUCAAGUUGCACUACGAGAUCGCCGAGAUGGACCACAUCCGCGCACCCGCCCUACUGGCAUACAAAGGCGGAGAUGUUUUCGCUACUAUUGUGGAGAUCCCUCAUCAGAUCCCCCGAGGAAAGAGCUGCACUCCGGACACUCUGGAAGAUCUUCUGAAAAUGUAUGUGUGA